AUGAAUGAUAUGAAUUUCUAUCCAGAGACUAGUAUGGGUUUUCGACCUAAUCAUUCUUCAUUAUCACCAAAUUUAAAUCUCAAUUCACCUUUAAAUUCUCAACGACCACGUCUUCCACCACAUAUUGCUGAAGAAAUGUUACGUUCAUCACCAUCGGAAAAUUCAUUAAUAAAUGUUACAAAUGAUAAUUUAUCAUCAUCAUUAACACAAAAACUUUCAUUACCAUCAUUUCUUCAGAGUCCAACACGUCUUAUACAACAAUUACCGGCAUCACCAGCUAGCCUUUUAUUGAGUCCUUUAAUUAAAAAAAAUGAUAAUGAACAAACAAAUUUUGUAUUAAAUAAUGAUGAUGAAACAAAUUUAAUGGAACAAAUUGAUGAUUAUUAUAUUCGACGUCAACAAUAUUUACAACAUAAUAUUGAUGUUUCACUUAAUAUUAGUAAAUGGGUACUUGAAAAUCUUAUUUUCUAUUCAGUUGAAACAUUAAGACGUCAAGCUCAAAUUCAAAGUGAAUCAUCACGUGCCUAUAUAACACCAUUAUCUGCUAUACGAAUGGUUUAUACAAUGAAAUAUCAACAAGGAAGUGGAGUAUUAUGGAAAGGUUGUUUUAGUUCUCUUAUAUUAACAACACUGGAUACAAUAUCAAAUAAUUUAAUUGAUGAAAUAGCUCCAUUAAAUAACGUAUCAUUAAGAAUAAAACAUAUAGUAUUAAAAACAAUAAGUUCAUUUCUACUUAUUCCUAUGUAUUCAGUUCAUCUUCUUCGAUCUGUUCAAUCGGAUUUAACAAUUGCUAAUCAUUGGUCACCAUUAACGAUUUUUAUUGAACCAUUUCAACGUUUACUUGGAGUUAAAACUGGUUUUUAUGCACGUGCAUUACCAUUAUGGUAUCUUAUAUCAUUAAGUUUACCUUAUUUUGUUGGACGACAUGUAUUACAAUAUUUUCUAAAUCAUCAUUUUUUAAGAUUUCGAGAAGAAAAUUUUCAUAAAAAAGAUCAACUAGUAAAUUUAAAUAAAAAACAAUUUGAAACAAUUGAUGAUAUUGAAUGUCAAUUAAUUGAUACAAUACCAAAUCUAAUCGAUCGUUCAUUUAUACGUAUAGAAGCAAAUAUAUUAUCUGUAUUUCUAUCAAAUUUUUUACUUUAUCCAUAUGAAACUAUACUUAAUCGUUUAUUUGUACAAGGAACACGAACAAUUGUUGAUAAUCUUGAUACAACAAAUGUUGGUUGUAUUCCAAUAAAUACACGUUAUUUAGGUUUGGUUGAUUGUUGUCGAACAAUAAUUGAAACUGAAGGAAAAUGGGGACGUGGAUUUUUUAAAGGUAUUGGCUUUUUAAUGCUUAAAUUUGGUUUAAUUUAUACAAGUGCAUAUUGUUUAAAAAUUCUUAUUGAACGAUUAGCUAUUAUUUAUACACAAAAUACAAGUGAAUUAAGUAAAUUUCAUCAUUAUGUUAUAUCAAAACAACAACAAGAACCACAACAAUAUAUAAAUGAAUCUAAUUAA